UCCUAUGCAUAUACACGUGGAACCUAUCAGACUAGAAUGAAUGAUAUGCUUGGACUUAUGGAAGCUGUAUGGACUCAGUCAACAAAUUCACCAAGUGGUCUACACGGUCCACUGAUUAAUUAUCAAAUUCCCGCGAUAACUUUACGCGGAAAUUAUAAAAAACGAACAGAUGAUCCGCGUAGUUCAGAAAUUCUAUAUGUUAUGAGAUUACUUGAAGGUAUUCUACGUUCAUUGAAUAAUCUACAAGAAAGAUUACAUCAAUCCUUUUGGUAUUAUCUUCUGCCUAAUCCAUAUCGAUAUAUAUCAAUUGGUGUUUAUAUGCCACCGGUUUUAAUAAUGAUUUUAAGUCUUUUACUUAAG